AUGUCUGCUCCCAGCUUUCCAUUGAGGCCGGAGGACCUCGUACACCCGCCCCAGCCCGAGGAGAUAUACGAUUUCACUCAGCUCGCCGAUCCACCUGACGAUUGGAAGCUUUUCAAUAUUUCGUAUGACUCAGUUGUGAAAGGCAGAGUCCGCAAUUUGCAACUUCCGCAAGUGAAAGUCUUGUUGGCACAUUACUUCUGGGGAAUGCAUUAUGUAGAGCCGGUCCAACUUGUUGGACAGGUCAGAAAGUUGCCAAGGCUCAAUGUUCUGCAGGCUAUCCUAUUCAAGUGCUUCUACUACAUGCAAGAUAUUCAUCGCCCCAAGAAUUAUGCACAGAUGCUUGAUGUGAAUCGAGACAGUGGGCCACGCCUCUUGAGAUAUGAUAUCGACCCGCGCCCACAGCCUAUCAGUCGGUGGUACCCUAACCUUCCACAGGCUAACGAACGUCUGCUGAGGGCGUAUUUACGCCCUCCUCUUGCCCCGCCAGACAUGCCCGACUAUCUCCUCCAGCAGUAUAUGUAUUCAGUCGAGAGUUUUUACACGCCUCCAUCGUCUCCCUCGGGUUUGCCCCCGGCGCCAACAAUGGAUGCGCGAGAUGAUGAAUUUUUGCGUGUCAAUCUGUUGGAACAUAUGAAUCCAGGAGUCCAAAUUGAACCACAAUAUUCAUUGACGACGUCGCCACGCCCAGAAGAGCCCAAGUAUAGCUACAAACGCUAUGCGGAUGACGAUGAGCAAUCUCAAUAUCCUGGUAAGAGAAGGCGGGAUAUGUCGCCCGGUGCUCCUGCUUACCGAGAGGGUCCUCGUGCUGCUACUCCACCUUACCAAGAGCCUGUCUUUGCUGCUGAUGAACUAUCCUCCUUUACCUGGAUCCCUUCUCUGGCACCAUCGGACACAGUGAUGCCCAUUGGGAGGCUGCAACUUAGUCCAAUUGCCCCAAAGCCUCCCCCUAACGUCGAUACGAAAAUCAUCACGGACGCUGUGGAACGAGCGUUGAUGGAAAUCGUGUACGAUGAUCUGGAGCGGGAUCCCAGCGUUCCUGCCCUGGACAAACCUGGUCGCAAUCGGACUGCCCGCUGUUGCAGUGAUAUGCUUAAGAUGAGACUUGGAGCCUUCUCCUGCACGGAGAAUAUCAGGUUGUCGCCAUUGGACUUUCAAUGGGAUCCCAAUGGCUCUGUAUUCCCCCUCCGGGGUCGGGGUCCCAUCUGGAAUAACAUGUCCUGUGCCACCGAUGCUGUGAUCGUAGCCGGUAUGCUCCUUGAUGUUGGUUGCACCAAGAUAGACCUUGCCCAUAACCGAGCUGCUGAGUUCAAAGACAUUGAGAAGGCAUUCGUCGAAGUCACCAACGCGAGUUGGGAGACUCUGGAUGAAAAGACCUCCAUCUUUGUGCGUGAUGAGUUUCUCCAACUGUUUAUCGAUGGCCAAAGCCAGUUGAAAAUGGGAAUGCCUAUUCCUCCUUGGGCAAUCUGGUCAGUGGUCACGAAAAGCUUUGCGCAAUUUCGCUAUUACCACGUUGAACGAGUGACGCCUUGCAGAUGCACAAGCACCAUGCCAUUCAUCAAUUCCCAUCAAGGUUCCUGUAUCUUACCUGGCUAUCAAAAGGGCGAUGAAAAUGGAGUAGAUCUUCAAACCUUGAUCGAGCGAUGUUUCUAUCAACGAAAGUCGUUCCGGUGCAAUAAUUGCAAUGAUCCGAUGGGAGUCACCGGAGAGCGGAAGAUCGGGCAACUGCCACUGCGUCUGGUGAUGACCUUCGAUCUGAAGACGCGAAUCAAAAACCACACCAACAAUUUGCAUUUCAAUUACAUCGACUAUGAAGACAAGCCACAGGUUGCGCACUAUCGGUGGCUCGGUGGUGUCUAUAACAACGAGUAUCAUGCUCGGUUGUUCUGGACAGACACGAAACGAGGCGAGCGAGAUGAAGGGAAUAUCAUGAUGUACGACUGCCAGCUCAACUCCGGCGUGUUAGUUGGUGGAAUCCCACCAUUCCAGGAGGAUGACAAAGUUCCCACUGAAUGGGUCAAUCAUAAAGCUAUUCCUCUCCUAUUCUUUGAGCGAAUCUUGAAUCCCACUUCCGAUCUCAUCGCGAAGGCUCACAACGCUGUCUAUGAUAUGGGUCAUUGCGUGAGUCAAAAGAGGGUUGUUCUCGAGGAACACGACCCCUGGACUCCCCCACCUCCCCCCGCGAAGAACGAUCCGUGGCCUCGUAUACUGUCACACAAUGGAGAACGCUUCAGCGAUUUCAACCCCGAUUGGGCUACAGGAUCGCGCCCACCCAGUACCGCGCCUGUCAAUUCUCCCCUGGCAACCAUUGACCCGAUGCUCUUGGACCCGUCAGUCAUUGACCCAUCGCUCAUCGAUCCCGCGCUUUACUCAACCAGCACACCCCCCUUAUUCGAUCUGUCUCCAUUCGACAUUCCUCCAGGUGUGGGCUUGUCGGCCCCCGAACAAAUCUCGCCUGGCGAUCCGAACAAAACCCAUAUAUUUAACUCGAUGAUGGACACUCCAGACUGGUUCAGCCCACAACCCGACCUAUGGCCAUCGGGUCCGCCCAUGCAGGAGGGAGCAUUGGAAUUCCCCAAUCUGCCUACAUGGCCAUCGCCUCCACAAAAUGAGCGUAGAGGCACCAUCUCAUCGGACAUCGACAUGCCUGAUGCAGAAACUCCUCCUAUCAGUCGCAAAGCAUCGGGCGCGCCUACUAAUGAGCUUAAGAAGGCCGCGGUCGCUAACUAUGCGAUGGCAAAGCAGGCCCUAGAUCCACAACAGAAGAAAAAGCUUGAGGAACAACGCAAGGACGGAUUCAUGUACAAGCAAAAUCCCAGUCAAAAGGAGAUUGAUGCCAGGAGGAAGGAACAGAAAAAGAGAGACAAUCUCACGAAGGAAGCUCAAAAGAAGGAACCCCAAAAGAAGGGAUAUCAAAAGAAGGAGGAUCAGAAAAAGCAGGAGGAGAGAAAGAAGGAAGAUCAGCGACAGGAGGAAAAGAAGAGGCAGGAGGAACACGAGCAAAAGAAGAGAGAGGAGCGGAAGAACCAAGAAGAACAGAGGAAAUAUGAGGGAAAGAAGAAACUCGAGCAGGAGAAGGAAAAGGUAAGACAAGAAGAGAAGCAAAGGGAAAAGGACCGAAAGGAUAAAGAAGAACGAUACCAAGAGGCCAAAGAUGAGAGAGAGCGACGGGGGGAGAGGAGGAAGCCAAAAGCGAAGAAACCGACUAAUGUAUCCGACGAGACGACUGGCCCCCGACGAGCAGGACUGAGGGCGCGGAAUAACAAGCCGAACUACAACGAUCCCUCGUGGACGCCUCAGAGUGAUAGUGAUAUGGAUGCGCAGUCGUGA